CGCCAUUACCCAAAAGAAGAAGAUCAAUCCUCUAAAGACACGAAGAAAACGACCUAAACCUUAUCUAGCACGUGCAGUUUGCACUAAAAUCUUUGUAAAACCUAUUAAAAGCGUGAAAGAAAUCCGCCGACUGAUACCGGCAGCUGCUUCCCCGUGAUCGCCUGAAAUGACUGCAAAGACCGAGUCUGUCACCAGCGUUGUUCCCAACGAUGAAGGGAAAGAGAAGUUCAAGAAAAGUGACGAUGUUGCAUUCUACAGGCGACAGAUUCAGGGUCCCAAAUUUACCCAUCAAGUCCUUUUGGACACGCUGGUGCUCACAGAGGGUGGAGCUCGGUUUGAACUACUGCAAGCCGUUACAAAGGCCAGACUGCUGCUGUCUCUAUCAGCCCACCAAUCGGAUUUUGUGAGGAUUCUCAUUGAUGAAGUUCAGCCCAUUAAGCCUCGAUACCGAGUCCCAGACGUGAUAGUCGGGGAGCAGCGGAGUGAACCGCUCAGGGUGGAGGAGCAGACGGAAGACUUUGUCAUCCUUUCUUGGUCUUCAAGAAGCCACCAUGUGCGAGUUUGGCGUAUCCCUUUCCGGCUGGAGAUCCUGUGUGAGCAGAAGGUGAUGGUUACUUUCAACUAUGAAGACAAACUGCGGUUUGAAAGUCUCCAGCAUCCCCCCAGCGAGCUUCAGGAGGAGCAGACCGGCUCAUGGAAGGAGACCUUCAAGGAGUUUGUGGAUGUCAAAGCCAACGGUCCCAGCAGUGUCGGUGCGGACCUCCGACUCCAUGGUUUCAACCACGUCUUUGGUCUCCCUGAACACGCAGACAGCUUACAGCUCAGAGAAACCCGAGGUGAAGAACCAUACCGGCUCUAUAACCUGGACGUGUUCGCCUAUGAUUUGCACAGCCGGCUUGGCCUGUACGGCUCUGUCCCACUGGUGCUAGCCCACAAAGCAGACAGGACUCUUGGUGUGUUUUGGCUGAACGCUUCAGAGACUUAUGUCCACUUGGAGUAUUCUUCCACCGACCUUCAGGAAGCCCCCCCGGUGAAGAGGAGGCGGACCCCCCCACACACUAACGUCCACUGGCUGUCAGAGAGUGGCGUGAUCGACUGCACGGUUCUUCUCGGGCCCGGCCCACGCCAGAUCUUCAAGCAGUAUGCUGAGCUGACAGGGUACCAGGCGCUGCCCCCCCUAUUUGCCCUGGGAUACCACCAGAGCCGCUGGAAUUACCAGGAUGAGGCAGACGUGAAGGCUGUCGAUGCGGGCUUCGACCUCCACCAGAUCCCCUACGACGUCAUCUGGCUGGACAUCGAGCAUACCAACAUGAAGAAAUACUUCACCUGGGACCACAAACUAUUUCCUGACCCAGUGGGCCUGCAGCGCCACCUGGAGACGAGGGGGAGGAAGAUGGUGGUGAUCAGCGACCCCCACAUCAAGGUUGACCCCCUCUGGUCUCUGUACAAGGACGCUAAAAACGGGGGGCAUUUCAUCAAGGACAGGGAGGGCCAGGUCUACCAGGGCUCCUGCUGGCCUGGUGAGUCGUCCUACCUGGAUUUCAGUAGCCCACAAACUCGGGCCUGGUACUCGAGAUGCUUCAGCCUGAAGAAAUACAAGGGAUCUACUACGUCUCUGUUCGUGUGGAACGACAUGAACGAGCCGUCAGUCUUUGAUGGUCCGGAGCAGACCAUGCCCAAGGACGCAGUGCAUCAUGGUGGCUGGGAGCACCGAGACCUGCACAAUUUGUAUGGGUUUUACCAGCACAUGGCCACAGUGGAGGGUCUGAUCACUCGCUCUGGGGGCGCAGAGCGGCCGUUUGUCCUCUCCCGCUCUUUCUUUGCCGGCUCGCAGAGAUUUGGAGCCGUCUGGACAGGUGACAACGUAGCUACCUGGGAGUACUUGAAGAUUUCCAUUCCAAUGGUUUUGUCCUUGAGCCUGGCUGGUGUGGCGUUUUGUGGAGCGGAUGUGGGGGGGUUUGUUCAGGACCCUGAGCCGGAGUUGUUGGUACGCUGGUACCAGGCGGCGGCCCUGCAGCCAUUUUUCCGCGGACACUCUGCCAAGGAGACGAAGCGCCGGGAACCCUGGCUCUUUGGUGAAGAAGUCACCGCAGUCAUUCGCUCCGUAACCCAGGAGAGGUACCGUCUUCUGCCAUUCUGGUACACUCUGUUCCACCACGCUCACACCUGUGGCUUACCUCCAGUCAGACCUCUGUGGGUGGAGUUCCCAACGGAGGAGAGCACCUUCACUGUAGAUGACUGCUACAUGAUCGGUGGAGCUUUGCUUGCCUGUCCAGUGACAGAACCAGGCAUUCAGGAGGUCCAAGUCUCCCUUCCUGGACCUGAAGAGGUCUGGUAUGACAUUCACUCCAAAAAGGUGUACGGAGGAGGCGGGACUCUGCGUCUGCCAGUCAUUCUGGAGUCUGUCCCGGUGUUCCAGCGCGGGGGCUCUGUGGUCUGUAGGUCAGUGGGGUCUGGGACCUGUACCGCUGACUUCCAGCUGCUGCCUCUGGACAUCACUGUAGCCCUAGACUCUCAGGGUGAAGCCGAGGGCGAGCUGUACGUGGACGACGGUCACUCCUUCUGCUACCGGGACAGGAAGGCCUUCAGCCUGCGCAGGUUCACCAUGCAGGCAGGAUGCCUGCUGUGCAGGGCUGCCAGCAGAGAGGGGUCCUUCCACUGUGAGACGGUGGUGCAAUCUGUCACCAUUCUGGGGGUGAAGAAGCAGCCGUCUUCUGUGACUGUAUACAUACCAGGUGAAGACGACAGCCCGGCUUCCUUUGAGUAUGUGGAGUCCCACAAUGUGCUGACAGUCAACAACCUGAAGCUCUUUGUAACUGUAGACUGGGAGAUCCACAUCUGUUAAAUGAUUGUUUCUACGUAAGGAGAAUGUUGAAGUAAACUGUGGAGUUGGACACACCUCUUCCCUCUUUGGCCUACCCUGGAUUGAUAGUCACUGGAUCUCUUUUUGUUCUGGACAAAACAUCACUAUCACAAAUUACAAAUGUUCACAGAUUCUUUACUACUUUUGGACGACUGACUCUUCAUUCCUGCGUGACUUUGUUCUCUCAACUCACUCGCCUCUUCCUGAAACACUCAGAGUACAACAGAUCGUUAGUUUCAUGUACUCUCCCUUUAUCUUUACACUCCAUGUAUUUUCCAUGUCUCCUUUACAUGGUUGCCAGCUUCAUCCAGAUCAGCCAAGUUUUAUUCCAACAGAAGACAGAUUUAUCUUCCUGUCCUCACUGGAAAGUCUUAUCUGAGAUUUGUUCACGUUUCCCUCUGCAUUAACUGUGUGGCUCAGAGUUUAAAUAAAGUGUUGAAUCUCACAC